AUGAAGUUAUUCAGUCUUUUCGUUCCAUUCCUUGUCGUCGCUGCUCAGCUUGCCCUUGUAUUAGCUGGUGAUGAUCCACAAAAUGGCGUAGCUAUAGUUCCAGGUGCCUUUGGUGUAUGGUCCGUUUGCAGCAAUUCACCAACAAAAAAUAUAAGCUAUGCAUUAGUAGUUAUCGAUAAUCCUCCUGCAGGCUUAACACCAAAGCCUGGUUUUGGUAACACGGUCAAGGGCGCGAACCCCGAGCCCAAAACGUCUGCACAAUACAGUAACGUUGUUUUGACUUUCCAAAUGACUCAGAAGGAUCUUAAUACUCUUCUCGGUAAUGAUCAAAAGCCCAAUUAUCAAAUCGUACCAUCGUUAUCAUGUCAGCCCAAUCCGGUUAAAAAGUGCAAUCGUGAUACUGGUUCAAAUUUGUUGAACACCCAAGUGAUCCAGUGCCUCGCCGUUAUCAAUCCCACUCUCAAUGACGUGUACAUGAAUUUGAGCAUAUCCUUCACUACAAGUGUGUUUGGUCCAAAGGCAUUUACCAGUCCCGAUGUUAAUUCUACUACAACCACGACGCCAAGCAGUUCUAAUGGCACCUCUCUUCCGCCCGAUUCUUCGAACACAACAACGACGCCCACGCCCAGUAAUCCCCAGAGUAAUGAUGCGAUGGGAGUAGAGCUACAAGGCUGGGGUGUUGUUAUUGCGGUCAUAAUUGGAUUGAUCGGAUUGGUUGGCGGGAUUUAG